AUGGAUGGUGACAUUGAGGCAACGGUAAAAAGGUGCAUCACCUGUCAAGAAUCUCGACCAGUUAAGUCUGAGUCAACUAUACAUCAUUGGGAAGAAACUUUAAAGCCAUGUUCUAGCCUACAUGUAGACUUCGCCGGUCCCUUUCAAAGUAAGAUCUUUUUCAUUCUAGUCGAUUCUUAUUCGAAGUGGCUCGAAGUCAAAUUAGUAUCUACUACAAGCACAAGUUGUGCAAUCACCAGUCUUCGUUCUAUAUUCGCUACACAUGGACUACCAGAUUCAAUUGUAUCUGACAAUGAAACAGCCUUCACCUCUGAGGUUUUCAGUCAGUUAUGGAGGAGUAAUCUUAUUUCACACAUCCUUUCUGCUCCUUUUCACCCAUCCACCAAUGGACAGGCAGAAAGGAUGGUUCGUACUACACCAUCAACAGUUAGUGGCAAAUCUCCGGCAGAAAUCUUGUUCAAGCGUCCACCGAUGACAUACUUUGAUAAAAUCCACCCUGGUAGUCAACCGCUUCGUUCAUCCAAAAAACAUCACGUUACAGGUAAUGAUCUACAAUUACAAACCGAUGAACCUGUUUGGAUAAGAAACUAUUCAAAAGGACCUAUUUGGAUUCCGGCCAAAACAAGCAAGCAAACGGGUCUAGUAUCAUAUUUAGUUAGAACUGAAGAUGGCAAGACAGUUAGCAGGCAUUCAGACCAACUUCGACAUAGGAGUAAAGAGACUCAUAAAGAACCGGAUCCGAAACAACAACAACCAAAACCACUAAAAGCUGCAUCACAAACAGAGUAA